UAGAAGUCUGACGCAGCGAGCGGAAAAAAAUACAAAUCCACCUGCCUGGACUUCAGGAGCCAAACAAACGCGCAGCACACUCUCUGUUCAGUAGUUUUAAAGUGUUUCUUGUCAUUCUCAGCCCUCUCGCAGGACAAAUAAUUUGUUUUUGUUUUUUUAUUUGUUCGGUGUUUGAGAAUCACCCUGGAGGGUCAGAGGAGAAGUAACGGGACGAAGGGCACGGAUUUACCGACUGUUUCCUCCUGUGCCGACACCGGGCAGUUAUGGGAGCUGUUCUGGGAGCGUUUUCCGUCGCAAGCUGGAUACCCUGCCUGUGCAGCAGCGCCACCUGUCUGAUGUGCAGCUGCUGUCCGAGCAGCAGGAACUCCACAGUGACCAGGAUCAUCUACGCCUUCAUCCUCCUGCUGGGAACCAUCGUCGCCUGCAUCAUGCUGUCGCCCGGUGUAGACCAGCAGCUCAAAAGGAUCCCAGGCUUCUGUGAGGACGGUGCCGGCUCUUCUAUCCCCGGCCUGCAGGCAGACGUCAACUGUGAGAUGUUUGUGGGCUACAAAGCAGUUUAUCGCAUCUGCUUCGGCAUGUGCAUGUGGUUCCUGUUGUUUGCCGUUCUCAUGAUCAACAUCAAGAACAGCAGAGACCCUCGAGCUGCCAUCCACAACGGGUUUUGGUUUUUCAAGUUUGCUGCCUUGGUGGCAAUUACAGUCGGUGCCUUUUACAUUCCAGACAGGCCUUUCACCUACACGUGGUUUGUCGUAGGCUCUGGUGGAGCGUUCUGUUUCAUUCUGAUCCAGCUGGUGUUACUGGUGGACUUUGCCCACUCCUGGAACGAGUCCUGGGUGGACAAGAUGGAGAAGGGCAACUCCAGAGGCUGGUAUGCAGCUUUGCUGGCCAUCACAAUCCUGAACUACAUCCUGUCAUUCAUCGCUGUGGUUCUGUUCUUCAUCUUCUACACUAAACCUGAUGACUGCUUCAUCAACAAGUUCUUCAUCAGCGUCAACAUGUUGUCCUGCAUCGUGGCCUCGGUCGUCUCUGUGCUGCCAAAAGUCCAGGAGUCUCAGCCUCGUUCAGGUCUACUUCAGUCCUCCAUCAUCACGCUGUACACCAUGUUUCUGACCUGGUCUGCCAUGACUAAUGAGCCUGACCGAGCAUGCAACCCCGGCCUGCUGAACAUCUUCCAGCAGAUCGCGGUGCCAACGCUGGCUCCUCUGGAGGUGGAGAACCAGACCGCCGUGGUGAUCAUUGGCACAGAAGAACUCAACCUGACGUCUCCAUACCUGCAGUGGUGGGACGCACAGAGCAUUGUGGGGCUUGUUAUAUUCGUCCUAUGCAUCCUUUACUCCAGCAUUCGUUCGUCCAGCACCAGCCAGGUGAACAAGCUGACCAUGGCCUCCAAAGACUCGACCAUCCUGGCUGAGGGCGGCAGCAGCACCGACCUAUCAGAGGAGUCGACGGGGCCGAGGCGAUUUGAGGACAACGAACGGGACAUGGUCCAGUACAGCUACUCUUUUUUCCACUUCAUGCUCUUCUUGGCAUCUCUCUACAUCAUGAUGACCCUCACCAACUGGUACAGCCCUGAAGCAGACUACACCAUCACCAGCAAGUGGCCGGCGGUGUGGGUGAAGAUCACCUCCAGCUGGGUGUGUUUGGCCCUUUACGUCUGGACCCUGGUGGCCCCGAUGAUCCUCACCAACCGAGACUUCAGCUGAUCAGCGACACCGUGCCGCUCCGCUGAGUCCUCUACAUUUUUUAAUUUAUAUAUAUAUAUAUUUAAACUCCAACCAUAUUGCCUAUAUCUUGCUGUCAAGAUGAACUCGCAUUUUAUACUUUUAGCUGGAAAGUAAUUAUGCCUGAUUAAAUUAAAUGAAAGGAUUAGGUCUGGUUCGGUGGUGCCAUAAGAGCUGCUUCAGUUACAGGCAGUCAGUAGCACAGAGGACACUCACACGUCUCUGUUACUGCAGCUCAAAAGUCACACUUGUCUAUUUUUUAAAAUUGCAAAUCAAGCGUGUUCCGAAAAUCAAGUCAUUCUUACAUUUAUUAUUGAUUUUACACACUGAAAAAAACAAGUGAAAACAUACAAUUAUUUAAUUAUUGCACUGCUUUGAAACAUGAAUAGUCUAGAAAUGUCAGCAUUACAGCCGUCCGCAUUUCAGUCUGAAUAAUGAUGUAGUUUUCUGUUAUGCGCUCCAAUGCCUUAUGUGUGUGAAAUGUCUGAUAUCUGUGAAGAGUGAUCAAAGUACAGAAGUGUAAUGAACUGCAAUAUGACCUAAAGUCAGCUUAAGUUUCCACCAAAAUAUUUAUGGAUGAAGAUAUUUAAUGUAAAGGUGUCUGUAAAUGAUAUUGUUUGGUGGUAAAAGGGAUCCAUACAGUAUCAGAACUGCACUGAACAUUAUGUACAGGCAAAAUAUUACAUGGAUGAAGCUAAUAUAAAGAUGCUUUUAUUCUUUACUGAGUACAAUCAGGCGACUCCAUGUUAGUCAGUAUUUGUUAUUAAUGUCACCUUUUUUCAUCCAAAAAUAAGUUGUAAAGUGUUAACUGAACAAGUCAGUGUGUUGGAAAAGAUUAUUUAACCCGUUCUUACGUGACGCAAACACGGACCAAAUGCCUUGUAAGCCAAACUGAUUUACUGCAGUUAGUAAGUGAUGAGUUUCCAGUAGAGCUUCUGCAGUUUCUGUUUAAAUGUUCACUUUUGCUUUCAUUUAUGUUGAACAGCAGAGGUUCAAUGUGCCGUGUUAUAAUGUAAUUAUAUCAUUAUUGACAACAAAACUUCACACAAAGAACAAAGACAAAAUGCUCCUAAUAUACAAUUAGGUUCUCAGGGUGUCUCACAUUUGUUGGGUUUCUCUACUACAAAAGAGAAACCCAACAAAGCUCUCUUUUAGCAUGAAGAAAAGCAGAACCAGGCUCAUCGAGGACAGACGUCUGCCUCGACCUGUCAGGGUGAGGCUAAAAGGGAGCCAGAGAUACCUGCAGAGGACAAAACACAAAUGAUAUUAUAAUAAUAAUAUGAGACAUUUGAAUGUGAAAAUCCUCAAAUCAUAUUUGGUUAUCAAUUUGUUUGUGGGUUGUUUAGCAAAGCGGUGCGUCUUUGUGCAGACCUUCGUGUAUACUGAACCUCUGUUGUGACUGAGCUGUCGCACAAACGCUGUAUAAGACUGAAUAAAGGCAGAUUUACAGCUGA